AUGCCUACGAGAUAUAGUCUGGUCAACUCGUACAUGCGCAAAGAUAGCAAAAUUAGAAUCUACAAGACUUGUAUCAGACCCAUCAUGACGUACGGCACGGAAGUCCGCGAGGACACCAACAAGACGAAACAAAUGCUGGGGGUGGCCGAGAUGAAAACACUAAAAACAAUAGUGGGGAAAACAAGAAGAGACAGAGUAAGAAAUACAGAUGUCAAAGAGCAAUGCGGGAUACAAGACAUUGUGAAAUGGGGAAAACAACGUAAGAGGCAGUGGUACAACCAUAUAAGACGGAUGGACAAAAAGAGACUUCCGAGAAUAGUCCAAGAAAACAACCCGCCCGGCACAAGGCCUCCCGGGAGACCACCUAAAAGGUGGAAUGAUAGUUGGCAAUCCACCUCUCAGGAAAAGAUGCAGAGGCAGCUUCAGAAUUAA